AUGGUUUCUAAAAACCUUCAGACUGAUUUGAAUCUAGGAGAUGGUGAGAAUGUGACAUUGCUUAAUGACAUGAAGAAGGUGAAGCAGCUAGAAAAUGCUGUUGUUGAGCUGGUAGAAACUCAUGAAAACUGUCUACAUCGUUCAUCAGCUAUUCAGUCUGUUGGAGAAGGAUACCGACCAGGGCCUGAGUUAACUGAUUUUAAGAAGUUGCUUGACACGGAGUUUGAAAGGGUCAAAUCUAGUUCAUCAUCAUGUCCGCAGAAUCAUCCACUGAUGCAUCAGUUUCAUCAAGCUGUCUGGAACGUUCAUCAUGCUGGACAGACAAUGCCAGGUGAAGAGCAGGAGGAUAUAGUCAUGACCGGUACGGGGAGCAAUAUUAAGAAUCUUAAAUGUCCGAUUACUGGAAAGAAUAUUACUGAUCUAACAGAACCUGUUUGUAGCUUGGACUGCAAGCACAUUUACGACAAGAAUGCUAUCCUGAACUUUAUAAAAUCCAAUCAUGGCAAUGUCAAAUGCCCUGAAUCAGCUUGCCCUAAGAUGCUGCAGGCAAAAAGAGUCGUCUGCGAUCCAUUGUUACUCUUUGAGAUAGACGAGCUACACACAUCGAGUAUACAGACUGCUAGGACCGAUGUGAUAGAAGAUUUCACGGAAACCUAACCUCAAGAAGAAGAGAGUCCAUGAUGGAAGCAGUUGUGCAUUUCUCAUUUUGCCUAGCUCGAUUUUGAAUCACCGUGGCCUUUCGCCCUUUCUUAGCUGAUUAGAGUCCCUGGUUUAUGUAGCCUUAAUGCAUAUAAUUAGAAGUGUAAGCAUGCAACUAUGGAAACAAGUGAGAAACAUACAUGAAGGAAUUUUUGUAUAUUGGGCGUGGUUUAAGGUGUUGAUUUGAAUCUAUAUUUGUUUUCCUGGAGUGCUUGAACAUCA